CGCCCGGACGCGGCGGCGGCGGCCCAAGCCCGGCCCUAUGGCGCGGGCGGACACGGGCCGCGGGCUCCUGGCGCUGACCUUCUGCCUGCUGUCCGCGCGCGGGGAGCUGCUGUUGCCCCAGAAGACAACUGUCAAGCUGAGCUGUGAUGCAGGACCACUGCAAGUGGUCCUGGGCCCCCAGCAGGCUGCAGUGCUGGACUGUAGUUUGGGGGCUACUGCUGCUGGACUGCCAACCAGGGCGACAUGGAGCAAGGAUGGGGACACCGUGCUGGAGCAUGACCACCUGCACCUGCUACCCAAUGGUUCCCUGUGGCUGUCCUCACCUCCAGAACCAGAAGACGGUGCUGACGAGGAAGCUUUUAGAACAUGGAAGGUCAUUGAGGGCAGCUAUUCCUGUCUGGCCCAUGGCCCACUGGGAGUCGUGGCCAGCCAGGUUGCUGUGGUUAAGCUUGCCACACUCGCUGACUUCUCUCUGCACCCAGAGUCCCAGACAGUGGAGGAGAAUGGGACAGCACGCUUUGAAUGUCACACGGAGGGGCUGCCAGUCCCCAUCAUUACUUGGGAAAAGGACCAGGUGACAGUGCCUGAGGAGCCUCGGCUUAUCACUCUUCCCAAUGGCGUCCUCCAGAUCCUGGAUGUCCAGGACAGUGACACAGGCUCCUACCGCUGCGUGGCCACCAAUUCCGCCCGCCAACGCUUCAGCCACGAGGCUUUCCUGAGUGUGGCCCUCAGAGGGUCCUUGGAGGCUAGCAGGGGCCAGGAUGUGGUCAUUGUGGCAGCCCCAGAGAACACCACAGUAGUGUCUGGACAGAGUGUAGUGAUGGAGUGUGUGGCCUCCGCUGACCCCACGCCUUUUGUGUCCUGGGUCCGACAGGAUGGGAAGCCUAUCUCCACGGAUGUCAUCGUUUUGGGCCGGACCAAUCUACUCAUUGCCAGUGCUCAGCCCCGGCACUCUGGUGUUUAUGUCUGCCGAGCCAACAAGCCCCGCACCCGCGACUUUGCCACCGCUGCAGCUGAGCUCAGAGUGCUAGGGACUCCUGCUAUCUCGCAAGCGCCAGAGGCUCUGUCGAGGACGCGGGCCAGCACUGCGCGUUUCGUGUGCCGCGCGUCGGGGGAGCCACGGCCCACGCUACGCUGGCUGCACGACGGGGCCCCGCUGCGACCCAACGGGCGAGUUAAGGUACAGGGCGGUGGUGGCAGCUUGGUCAUCACGCAGAUCGGCCUGCAGGACGCCGGCUACUACCAGUGCAUAGCAGAGAACAGCGCAGGAACCGCGUGUGCGGCUGCGCCCCUGGCGGUGGUGGUACGCGAGGGGCUGCCCAGCGCCCCGACUCGAGUUACGGCCACGCCUCUGAGCAGCUCCGCUGUGCUGGUGGCCUGGGAGCGGCCUGAACUGCACAGCGAGCAAAUCAUUGGCUUCUCCCUUCACUACCAAAAGGCAAGGGGAGUGGACAACGUGGAGUACCAGUUCGCAGUGAACAAUGACACCACAGAGCUGCAGGUUCGGGACCUGGAACCCAACACGGAUUAUGAAUUCUACGUGGUGGCCUACUCCCAGCUAGGGGCCAGCCGCACCUCCAGCCCAGCCCUGGUGCAUACACUGGAUGAUGUCCCCAGUGCGGCACCCCAGCUCGCCCUGUCCAGCCCCAACCCCUCAGACAUCAGGGUGGCAUGGUUGCCCCUGCCUUCGGGCCUGAGCAACGGCCAGGUGGUGAAGUACAGGAUAGAGUACAGCCUGGGAAAGGAAGAAGAUCAGGUUUUCUCCACUGAGGUACCCGGAAAUGAGACACAGCUUACGUUAAACUCACUUCAGCCGAACAAGGUAUACCGAGUCCGGAUUUCGGCCGGCACUGGGGCUGGCUAUGGAGUCCCUUCCCAAUGGAUGCAGCACAGGACACCUGGCGUGCACAACCAGAGCCAUGUUCCCUUUGCCCCUGCAGAAUUGAAGGUGAGGGCAAAGAUGGAAUCCCUGGUGGUGUCAUGGCAGCCGCCCCCUCAACCCACCCAGAUUUCUGGAUACAAACUCUACUGGCGUGAGGUGGGGGCAGAGGAAGAGGCAGACGGUGACCGCCCCCCAGGGGGCCGAGGAGACCAGGCUUGGGACGUGGGACCCGUGCGACUCAAGAAGAAAGUGAAGCAGUAUGAACUGACCCAGCUAGUCCCUGGCAGGCUGUACGAGGUGAAGCUCGUAGCUUUCAACAAACACGAGGACGGCUACGCAGCUGUAUGGAAGGGCAAGACUGAAAAGGCGCCCACGCCAGACCUGCCUAUUCAGAGGGGGCCGCCCCUACCUCCUGCCCACAUCCACGCGGAGCCAAACAGCUCCACCUCCAUCUGGCUUCGGUGGAAGAAGCCAGACUUUACCACCGUCAAGAUUGUUAACUACACUGUGCGGUUUGGUCCUUGGGGACUCAGGAAUGCCUCCCUGGUCACCUACUAUACCAGCUCCGGAGAAGACAUCCUCAUUGGCGGGCUGAAGCCGUUCACCAAGUAUGAGUUUGCGGUACAGUCCCACGGUGUGGAUAUGGAUGGGCCUUUUGGCUCCGUAGUAGAGCGCUCCACCCUGCCUGACCGGCCUUCGACACCCCCCUCGGACCUACGCCUGAGUCCCCUGACACCAUCCACUGUUCGGCUACACUGGUGUCCUCCCACGGAGCCCAAUGGUGAGAUCGUGGAGUAUCUAAUUCUCUACAGCAACGACCACACUCAGCCUGAGCAUCAGUGGACGCUGCUUACCACAGAGGGAAACAUCUUCAGUGCGGAAGUGCAUGGCCUAGAGAGUGACACCCGGUACUUCUUCAAGAUGGGGGCCCGCACAGAGGUGGGGCCUGGGCCCUUCUCCCGCUUACAGGAUGUGAUCACUCUCCAGGAGACAUUCUCAGACUCCUUGGAUGUACACUCAGUCACAGGCAUCAUCGUGGGCGUCUGCCUGGGCCUGCUCUGCCUCCUGGCUUGCAUGUGUGCCGGCCUCCGACGGAGCUCUCACAGGGAAGCCCUCCCAGGGCUGUCCUCCACAGCCACCUCUGGGAAUCCAGCACUGUACUCCAGAGCUCGACUUGGGCCCCCCAGUCUCCCUUCUGCCCAUGAACUGGAGUCCCUCGUGCACCCCCGCCCUCAGGACUGGUCCCCUCCGCCCUCGGAUGUGGAAGACAAGGCUGAAGUGCACAGCCUUAUGGGUGGCAGUGUUUCAGAUUGCCGGGGCCACUCCAAGAGAAAGAUCUCCUGGGCUCAACCAGGUGGCCUGAGCUGGACGGGCUCCUGGGCAGGCUGCGAGCUGCCCCAGGGGAGUGGUCCUAGGCCUGCUCUGACCCGUGCCCUGCUGCCUCCAACUGGAACUGGGCAGACGCUGUUGCUGCAGGCUCUGGUGUAUGAUGCCAUAAAGAGCAACGGGAGGAAGAAGCCGCCCCCAGCCUGCAGGAAUCAGGUGGAGGCCGAGGUCAUUGUCCACUCCGACUUCGGUGCAUCCAAAGGAAGUCCUGACUUCCACCUCCCAGAUCUGGAGCCUGAGGAACCCCUGCCCACAGAGGCUCCACCUUCCACCUCAGGGGUUGUGGAUCUGUCUCAAGGAACAGACUGGCUGGGUGGGGAGCUGGAAGGGUGCAAAGAGGCAACCAGUGGGCCAGAGAGGCUCACCUGCUUGCCAGAGGCAGCCAGUGCCUCCUGCUCCUGCCCAGACCUCCAGCCCAGCACCUCUCUAGAGGAGGCCCCUGAAAAAAGCUGUCAACCCAAAGCCCUGUGCCCUCUAGCGGUCAGCCCAAGCCUCCCCAGGGCUCCCGUCACCUCUGCUCAGCUUCCUUGAGCAAAGAAAGGCUGGUGUGGCUCAGGAUGGUGACAUGCAUGGCCACCACAUGUGCGUACUAGCGACAAGCCUUUUGGAGCCUCUUAGGAUCCUUUGGCUGGGAUGGGGGAGACCUUCACUCACUCCUCCAUGUUCUCCACAUACGGGAUGCUGGAGGGACUUGAGACCAGCUCCAUGGGAUAGACGUGUGUGAAGUCCCGUGUGUGCGCUGGUUGAGCUGGGAAAACUCACCCUAUGUAGUGGUCACUGUGGCUAAUGGAUCCUCCAUGGCAGGAUGGUGUAGCAGUGGUCAUGCCAGCUCUUUGAGCCAUAGCGUUGUCACCCAGCCUUUUAUUACACUCUGAGAGUGUCUCCAAUGCCGUGUCUACGAAGACAGCCCCAGCCCCUCUGCCGUCAGCUGGGCUGAGCUGAGGGCCUGUCAACUCCACAGGCCCAUGUUGCAGCUGAAUGGCCGUCAUCCCCCUGGCCUCCUAAGGCCCAGAAGGCUGGGGGAGCCCAGCUCAGCCCUCAUCUCCCUGGAGCAACCCUGUACCUAAUUUUGUAAUACGGGAAGUGCCUGGUUUGGGAAAUCUUCUUUCUCCCCAUCCCCUCUUUGUGCCCCUUCAUUGUUCUAGUGAUCUGUCUCUUGUUGCCUUGCUCCCUUGUCCCAGGGCCCUUCUCUUUCCUGUGAUGUCUCUCAUCUUCCCACUGCUCUUUCCCGUCUCUGUGUGUCCCAUGCCUGUCAUUGUGUCCUAUGUUUCUCGUCCCUGGCUUCAACCUAUGCACCCUUCCCUAACAACAUGACUACCUCAUGUCUGCUUCAGACCAUAGUGUGACCCCUGGGUCCCCACAGCUCCCCUGCCAACACCCUUUCCAGGCAAAUGAUCCACUCCGGGUAGAUUUGGGAAAGACCUUUUGGCUUCCCUGGUCCCCUUCUCCUUGGGAUUGAGAUGGGUAGGUUUUCUUUUUUUUUUUUUUUUCUCAUUUUUUAAAUUCUUUUUUUUUUUUUUGGUUUUUCGAGACAGGGUUUCUCUGUGGUUUUGGAGCCUGUCCUGGAACUAGCUCUUGUAGACCAGGCUGGUCUCGAACUCACAGAGAUCCGCCUGCCUCUGCCUCCCGAGUGCUGGGAUUAAAGGCGUGCGCCACCACCGCCCGGCUUUUAAAUUCUUUUUUAAUUAAAAUUUCCAACUGCUCCCUGUUUCCUAUUUCCCUCCCCCUCCUCCCACAUAUUGGCCCCUCCCCCCGAUGGGUAGGUUUUCUAUGGAAGUGAUGAAUCCAGGCUGUACCAGGGAAGCUGCAGAAGGGGUAGGGACUGAAACCCAGAGGCUGAGCAAAACGACCACCACCCAUCUGCACAGAAAAAUGGGUGUGCGUUUUUGCCACGCAGUCUCCAGUCCUGGCUGAGGCUGGAGGGGGUGAGGGUAGCUGAGUUAAGUGAGCAGCAGUAGCUCAGCUCCCUAAACCUUGAACUUGACUGGAUUCAAGGGGAAUCCAGUUUCCUCCAAGAUGCUAGAAGGGAUGUCCCUGCACAGGAAAAGGGUGGCUGGCUCGUUUUGUUAAAUGGACUCCUGAGAUCAUCGUUCCACAAAGGGACAAGCCUGACUUGUACCUCCUGUGUCACGAAAGCCAUACCAUCUGUUUGGUGUCUCACCUUAGUCAUUCUCCAGGAGUGCAGAAUGUGGGACCUUUGCUCUCUCACUGGCUGGCAUACCAAGCGUUAACUCUGGCUUCUGGGCCAAAUUAGAAAUAACCAGUGUAUCUUUCCUUUUUUUUAAAAUGUCUUUCAGCAGAGUUGCAGCCUCCGCAGCCCCUGAAAGCAUCUGUGUUUAUUACCCUCGUGUGUCACUCACGUUUGACACCUCACCUACAUUUCCUCCUCCUCCCCUCUUCAGCCAGCCUAUGAUAACACUAAAGAUUAUUAAUGUGGGUUUCGCGUCUCGUUAAAGACGGGAUUGUCACUUGAACUACUUCUAUAGCAUUCAGAGUGGCCGUGGCCAACACCACUGUGUGUUUCUUCAUUGCUCUGAAGGUCAAAAGCCUCAUUUUAUUUUGUUGGUUAGAUUUUUUUUCCCCUUGCCUUGAAUGAAAUAGGUGUUUUAACAGUAGGCUCUUAGCGUUACACCACAUAGUCAUUUCUCAUGUUCUUGUUUAACAGGCACUGAGGUUCUGGUUUAAAUUAAACAGCUGCAAAUGAGACAAUUUAUAACCCAUUAGGUUGGGUGGAAAAUUGUUUCUCAAAAGCAAAUAAGUAAUAAAUCUGGUAUCUGCCUAUAACUCACAGUUGAUAAGAAAGUAGCCGUUACGCACGAGCGUUAUAUAUGAUUCGGGCUCUGAGUAACUGGGGAGCGCUCCAUCUGUGGCUUUGCAGCAGCAGGUUUUAUUAGAAAAGAGUCUAUUGGCCUUUUACAGGGUAUUAAUCCUUUUGUCGCUUGCCAUGGAUGCCUUAAAUUCUUUUGAGUCUCAUUUGAAAAUCUUCCUUUUCUCAAAGCAUGAUAAGUAUACUCAGUACUGACAUGCUCACUUAUUUACCCAUGCUUAGCUUAUGCUGUAUUAUUUAAUUGCAUUUCCAGCAUCAUGUUUCCUCUUACAAAUAUGAUAUUCUUUAGUGUUACACUAAGGCGUUGAUCAUAUAUCUGUCCCUAUAAUGAAUUAAUAAACUAUU